UCUGGCAAGAGCACACCCCGAUUCUCUCUCUAUAUACCCAAGAGCGCACCCGAACUCCCUCUCUCUCUUACUGACUGGCGGACGAGCACAUACGGUGAGCCCUAUGGUCUGGACCCUUUCAACCAUGUUCAACUGAUGACGAAUUUACUGGAGCAAAAAAAAUGCAGAAAUCUUAUGUGGGACGUCACGUAGAUGUCAUGGUGACAUAUUUUGCAGCCUUGUUCAUUGCAGUGGUGAAUUCGUAAGCCUCAGUUUCUAUCUCCUCUUUCAGAUGGUCCAUUCUCAUGGUGGUCGGAUUUUCUGGUCUCAUGUUUAAAUCAACGGUAAUUAGAAGCCUGAGAUAUCAACUCACUUCUCGAAUUUCAGCAAACCUAUUCUCCUUGCCCAGUGAUAAGCCCUGCAUCACUACUAGUACUUUUCACUACAGAUCUUUUGCUUAUGCGACUUCCAACACUUUCUCUCAUAAAAAUGCACCCUCCACUUUGUGCAUCUUAAAUAAAGCAAAUCGUGCUCCAAUUCAUGAGUAUGGGUUAACCGAGAUUCAUCUUUCCCAUCAUCUAUAUGCUACAAUGGCAGAACCCAUUCUUGUUCAGGCUCAAAACCCAUCUCAAUUAGCUCUAGAGCUCUCUGAUGCUGUUGAUGAAAAAAGAUUCGAUGAUGCUUGGAAGGCUUUUGAGCGAUACAAACAGAUGGAAGGCCUCCCAAGAAAAUCAGUGCUAAAUAAGCUCAUAGCUAGUUUAGCAGAGAGUGGUGAUCUGCAAUGGGUCAAUAAAGCUUACAAUUUAGUAGAAAUGGCUUUCGGUGAGGGUAAACAUGAGCUCUUGCAUAAAGAGUCUUUGAUAUUUCUAGCUUUUAUUACUGCAAGGGCUGGACUGCCAGUUCAGGCAUCAACCAUCUUGAGGAAAAUGGUACAAGUAGAGGAAUACCCACCUGUUGAUAUUUGGCUUGGGGUCAUAGCCCAUAUGUCUCGAACAGCUCCUGGUGCUUUUCUUGCUGCUGAGAUAGUUCUUGAGCUUGGCCACUUCUUCAAGGACAAUAGGGUGGAUCCUAGAAAGAAGAGUAAUAGUAUCCUUCUCUCUAUGAAACCCAAUACUUUUGCUUUUAAUAUUUCUUUGAUGGGUUCUCUUGUAUAUGGGUUUACCAGAAAGGCUGAGCAGCUUCUUGAACUGAUUCCACGAAUUGGGGUGAAGCCAGAUGCCUCCUUGCUUAUCACAAUCGCACACAUAUAUGAAAAGAAUGGGAGGAGAGAUGAGAUUAAGAAGCUCAGAAGGCAUAUUGAUGAGGCCUGUGGCUUGGGUGAUUUUCAAUACCAGCAAUUUUACAACUGUUACCUCUCAUGCCUACUGAAUUUUGGGGACUUGAGUACUGCAACUGAGUUGGUUUUGGAAAUGCUUCGGAGGGCCAAGAAGGCUCAGACCUCCUUAGCCGCUGCCCAAUCGGUGGUGGAAGCCAUUGCAGCUGAGAAACCCAAACUUCUCCUCCCUAAAGAACAUGACGAGAAUCGAGUUAUCAGUUCGGUUCGUCUAUUUGAAGGUCCAGCUUUAUCUAUCAUGGAGUUUAUAAAGCACCGGAAUUUCUUAAGAAUUCAAGCUGAGGCAAAGGAGCUUCUUGACUCUUUCUCAGCUCAGUUGCAAAACCAAGUCGAACUGGUAAGAACCCAAGACAGUAUUCUGUAUCCAACUGAGAAGUUGUAUGCAAAACUUGUGAAGGCCUUUUUGGAAGUAGAAAGGAUUACUGAUUUGGCUCAGUUUCUUAUUGAGGCUGACAAGGAAGAGGGUCCAGUCUCACCUGAUAACUCUUUUGUGGUUCAAGUGAUAAACACAUGUAUAUCUCUCGGUUUGCUUGACCAAGCCCAUGACCUUCUUGAUGAGAUGAGACUUAGUGGACUAAAAACAGGCUCUUUGAUUUACUCGUCACUGCUAAAAGCCUAUUGUAAAGCUAACCGACCCAAUGAUGUUGGCUCACUUCUACGAGAGGCCCAAAAGUGUGGUAUCCAAUUAGAUGCGAGCUGCUAUGAAGCUCUAAUAGAAUCUCGGGUUUUGCAGAGAGAUGCAAAAGAGGCCAUCAGAUUGUACAAAGUGAUGAAGGAAGCAAAUAUUUCACUUUCCACCCAUCAUGGAUUUGAGAGUUUAGUAAAGGGGUGUGAGGGAAAUAGGGAGCCAAAGUUCAUGGCCAAGUUAUUGGAGGAGAUCCAAAGCGAACAAGGAGUAGAUUGUGGUGUGAACGAUUGGAACAAUGUGAUACAUUUCUUUUGCAAGAAAGGGUUGAUGCCUGAUGCUCAGAAGGCAUUUAAAAAGAUGGUGGCUUUAGGCCACAAGCCCAAUGCCCAGACUUUCCAUUCUCUUGUUACUGGUUAUUCAGCCAUUGGAGGUAAGUAUCAUGAAAUAACAGAACUUUGGGGUGAGAUGAAAAUGAUUUCUAGUUCAUCUCCAUUGCAAUUCGACCAGGAGCUUUUGGAUUCUUUGUUGUAUAACUUUGUUAGAGGUGGUUUUUUUCAUAGGGCCAAUGAGGCCAUUAAUUUGAUGGAGAGAGAGGGGAUGUUUAUUGACAAGUACAAGUAUAGGCAGCUGUCGUUAAAGUAUCACAAAACUUUGUGUAAGAACAAGAAGGGUUCCAAGUUUCAGACAGAGGCUCAGUACAAGAGGAGGGAAGAAGCUCUGAGCUUUAAGAAAUGGGUUGGCUUGGAUUGAAAGAAAUUCCGCAGGGUUAGACUAAGAAAUUUGGUGAGGCAAAGGAAGAAUUUGUUGGAUCGAGACUGAAAAGCUAGUAAAAUGCUUUGAGCUGGUUAUAUGGUCUAGAUCUACCAUACAAAAUCAACAGUUCCAACCUCGGUACUGAGUAUUGGCCUAAAUCUGGACCCUCCAUUCAAAAGCUCGCCAACUAAGGCUUGGAGAAUGUGGUGAAUUGCUCAUGAGAUACUCCUAGCUGAUCUCAAAUAGUAGGGAAAAGGCUCUGAUGAUGAUGAUAAUACUCCUCUGAAUGAUUUUAAAAAUCUUCUUUGUGCCAUUGCUGACUCCAUUUGAAUCACCCGACCCACCCUUGUGAAAUCUAUCUUCAUUUGUCCAUUCAUUCAAAUGGAUAUUAAUUCUAAAAAGGUUGAGAGAUUUGAACAAGUUGCAGUCGACCUUGUACAAAUCAAAGAUAUAGUAAAAGGAGAGUUUUCCUUUCUUUUGAAAAACCAGUAAGGUAAGUCUGAUUUUACAGGGAUAUCAUCUAGUAUUGAGUGCACACCUUGAAAUUUAAGAAGUCUUUUUCCAUUAACAAGUUUACACUGAAAUUUAAGAAGACUAGUAGUAGAUCACUGCACGUUUUAACACGUGUUUUCUUAUAGAUGAAAAUGAC